ACCAAAAUAAAAGAUGUUUACAAGUAUUAUAAACAAAAAACUAAUAAAAAUAAUCAAUUCGAAAUUGAAAAACUGUUAAAUGGCGGUAAGAUAAACUUGUCUGGGUCUUUAAUUUCUAAAAAAACAAAAAGGAAUCACGAUACCGUGGAAAAAGAAAUGGAAGUUUCACAACCUGUUAAAAAAACUAAACGUAAGCAUGUAAAAUCUGAAGUUUCAUCUUCAGACUCGGAUAAAAAAACAUUCAAAGAAAAAAAAGAAGCCCAAAAUGAUUUUUAUACAUCUGUUGCCCAUACAUCGAAAAUGCUAACAACUUCGAACGAACAUAUAAAAAGUGCUGAGCACAGGCAACUCAAUGCAUCAAUAUGUACUACACAAUCUGUAGAAUCUGAAAUUUCAUCUUCAGACUCGGGUAAAAAAACAUUUAAAGGGAAAAAAGAUGCCCAAAAACAUUUAUAUAAAUCUGUUGCCCAUUCAACGAAAUCGCUAACAGCUUCGAAAGAACAUUUAAAAAGUGCUGAGUGCAGGCAACUCAAUGCAUCAAUAUGUACUACACAAUCUGUAGAAUCUGAAAUUUUAUCUUCAGACUCGGAUAAAAAAACAUUUAAAGGGAAAAAAGAUUCCCAAAAACAUUUAUAUAAAUCUGUUGCCCAUUCAACGAAAUCGCUAACAGCUUCGAAAGAACAUUUAAAAAGUGCUGAGUACAGUCUAUGA